CCAAUGGCUUCUCCAACUGUCGAUCCCUCAUGUCUUGUGAUCCAAUUCCUAGCGUUCUUUCUCUUGCUCAUUGGCCAUGCCCAUUCGGUCUCCUUCAACUUCUCCGGAUUCCACCCGAACACCGGCGACUUGACGUUCGAGGGUGACGCCUUCACGUCGGAUGGCGUGAUCCAGCUGACACGGAACCAGCUGGACCGUAACAUCGAGAGCAGCGUCGGGCGGGCCUCCUACGACAAGCCGGUCCGCUUGUGGGACUCGAAGACUGGGAAGCUGACAGACUUCAUGGCCCAAUUCAGCUUUGUGAUGAAGGCCCUGAACGACAGUUUUUACGGGGAUGGCAUUGCCUUCUACAUUGCGCCGUUUGAUUCCUUUAUCCCUGCCAACUCGAGCGGCGGCUACCUCGGCCUGUUCGACCAGAGGACGGCGACCAACAUGUCUGCAAACAGUAUCGUUGCCGUCGAGUUCGACAGCUUCAUAAAUCAGUGGGACCCAAGCCAAGACCACGUGGGCAUCAACGUCAACUCCAUCGUCUCCGUUGCCAAUGUGUCCUGGAGGAGCAGUAUCAAGAACGGGUCCGUAGCCAAUGCUUGGGUCAGCUACAACUCCACAAGCUUUAACUUGAGCGUCCUCCUUACUUAUGCCAAUAACCCCGUUUUUAAUGGCAAUUCGAGCCUCUCGUACAUGGUCGAUCUCAGGAAAAUUCUUCCGGAGCAGGUGAGAGUUGGCUUCUCUGCCGCGACAGGUCGAUUCAUCGAGAUUCAUAACAUCCUUUCAUGGUCAUUCAGUUCAACCUUGGAGGAUGGUAAUUCAACCUUGGAGGAUGGUAAAAAGAAAACAAGCACUGGCUUGGUGCUCGGAAUAGUACUAGGUUCCGGUCUGGUAGCCUGUGUACUAGGAAUCGUUUGGUUCAUCUUUUGGAGGAAGAAAUCUCGGCUUAGCAAACGAGCUUGGGCAGUUGACAUGUCGAUUGACGGCGAAUUCGAGAAGGGAGCUGGACCAAAGAAGUUCACAUACCGCGAUCUUGCCCGUGCAACCAAUGAUUUUGCUGAAAAAGGUAAGCUAGGAGAGGGAGGAUUCGGAGGAGUUUAUAAAGGUUUAUUAAGCGAAUCGAACACGGAGAUCGCGGUCAAGAGGGUGUCCAAGGGAUCGAAGCAGGGCAAGAAGGAGUAUGUGUCCGAAGUGAAGAUCAUCAGCCGGCUCAGGCAUCGGAACUUGGUGCAACUCAUUGGUUGGUGCCAUGAAGAAGGCGAGCUCCUCCUAGUUUACGAGUUCUUGCCAAACGGAAGCCUCGAUUCGCACCUUUUCAGAGGCGAAACCCACCUGACAUGGGCUGUGAGGUACAAAAUAGCCCUCGGCCUCGCCUCGGCCUUACUCUACCUCCACGAGGAGUGGGAGCAAUGCGUGGUGCACCGCGACGUGAAGUCGAGCAACGUGAUGCUCGACUCCAACUUCAACGCGAAGCUGGGUGACUUUGGGCUCGCGCGGCUUGUGGACCACGACAUGGGCUCUCAAACCACCGUUCUGGCGGGCACGAUGGGUUACUUGGCCCCGGAAUGCGUGACGACUGGAAAGGCCAGUAAGGAAUCGGACGUGUACAGCUUUGGCGUGGUGGCGCUCGAGAUAGCAUGUGGAAGGAAGCCGGUGGAGCCGAAGGCGGAACCGGGCAAGGUGAGGUUGGUGGAGUGGGUAUGGGAUCUGUAUGGAAGAGGCCAAGUAGUUGAAGCGGCUGAUCCGGCGCUGAACCUGGAGUUCGUCGAGCAGCAAAUGGAGUGCCUCAUGGUGGUAGGGCUAUGGUGUUGCCACCCAGAUUACAGCCUGAGGCCGCCGAUAAAGCAGGUGAUAAAUGUCCUCAAUUUCGAAGCUCCAUUGCCCAGCCUCCCAUCAAAGUUGCCGGUGCCGACGUAUUAUGCUCCACCGAUGGAUAUGUUGAGGUUCUCGUACACGUCGUUAGGGCUCACGGGUUUGGAUCGAACUCAGUCUUCUCAUACUAGUAGUGGCUCCGCUUAUUCAUCUACUCAGACUGGUGGAUCUGGAAAAGCUCUAUUAAGUUCUGUAGGAGCUAACUAGUUUAGGCUUUUGGUUUCUAAUGGCCUUUCACUUAAACUUUUUGUUUUUUUUUUAAAGCUUGGAAUUGAAGGGUUGUUUUUUAAUCCUUCAUGUUAAUUCUUG